CCCUAAUAACGAAUCCCAUUCCCUCGACCUCGAGCUCGCACCUUACGCCAUGGCUGCCCAUCUCCGCUUCUCCCCACUCUCCAACCCGUCCAUUACCCCUCGCUUCCUCUCCCAUCUCCCCUCCACUUCCCUUCCCUUCUGCUCCCGCCCAUCCUCCCCCACCUCCCUUUCCCUCUUCACUUCCUUCGCCGGCUCCGAUAACCCACCCAUCGGCCCUCGGGACGGAGGACGCGGCGGUGGAAAUGGCAAUGGCGACGGUCACCUUCCUGACAAACCAGAACCAUCGAAUUCCUCCGGCCUUAUCGGGAUUCUUCUCGAAGGAUGGCGAUCUAGGGUUUCCGCGGACCCUCAGUUUCCCUUCAAGGUCCUGAUGGAAGAGCUUGUCGGCGUGAGUGCUUGCGUCCUCGGCGACAUGGCUACUCGCCCCAACUUCGGCCUCAAUGAGCUUGACUUCGUGUUCUCCACCGUUGUUGUUGGUUCGAUUCUCAACUUCGUUCUCAUGUACCUCCUCGCCCCAACCUCCCUCUCCACCACUACCCUCCCCGGCCUUUUCUCGUCUUGCCCUCCUUCUCACAUGUUCGAGUCUGGCUCCUUCUCUUUCCCCUCCCGCUUCGGCACCUUCGUGUACAAAGGCCUCACCUUUGCGGCCGUAGGCUUCAUCGCCGGUCUCGCCGGCACCGCCAUCUCCAACGGCUUGAUCGCUUUUCGUAAGAGAAUGGAUCCUGAGUUCGAGACUCCGAACAAGCCCCCUCCAACAGUGCUGAAUGCGUUUACUUGGGCGUUGCACAUGGGGCUGAGUAGCAACCUCAGGUACCAGACUCUCAACGGGAUUGAGUUCUUAAUGGCGAAAGUGUUGCCGCCGGCGGGUUUCAAGGUUUCGGUGGUGGGCUUGAGGUGCUUGAACAAUGUGCUCGGCGGGGCAUCGUUUGUGAUGCUUGCUAGGCUCACAGGCUCGCAGAAAGUGGGCGAGAAGCGGGAGGAGCUGAAGGAGAGCUUGUGUGCGGUUGUAGACAAUACUGAUGGGGAGCUGGAGAGAAGAAUUGAUGGCUCUGAAUCCAAGUAAGUAACUUUCUUCUUGUUUUCUUUCUUUGAGCUUGAAAAUGAGAGCAAUGGAAAUGAGGCAAAUUUCGGAGGGGAGAGUGGGCAAGGAUCUCUGUUUUAUAUUUAAAAAAAUAAAACAAGGGGUUUUUUUUUUAGGCUUUGUAAAUGAAAUGGGAUCAAUGGAUUUGGGGCAUGUUAUUGUGUAAUUUUUUAAUAGAGAAAAUUUGGUUUUUUUUUGA